AUGUCUUUAGUUCCCGAAGAACAUGGUUACAGUUUGAAGAAAACACAGAAAUCAUCAGAUGAUGAAUCCUCUCCUCUAACCAAACAGCUACUCAAUAAACCAGAGACUAUCGCUAUCAUUAAGACUGCGUACAAGUAUAAUCUUUUUAAUGUUGUAUGUCGCAAUGACGAGGAAAUUUGGACUAGUGGAGAUGAGAACACCAUGAAACUCUUCAGCGUAAACAUGGAUUCAUCUUUAAAGUCAACCCAAACCAAGUCAGGAGAGUGCCCAAGUGGCAUUGCAGUGACAGAACAAGGAGAACUCAUUUAUGUUGAUCGUAAAGACAGAACUGUGAAUAUUUUAAAGAAUGGUGAGAUGGUCACAGUGAUCAGACUACAGAACUGGUUACCCCUCGGAGUCUGUAGUAUCUCCCCUGGUGACUUACUGGUUACCAUGUAUAGCGAGGAUAAGAAACCAUCAAAAGUCGUCCGUUAUUCUGACUACAGAGAGAAACAAACCAUUCAGCUUGAUGAUGAUGGUAAGCCUAUCUACUUAUAUGGUGAAAUCAAAUACAUCAUUGAAAAUAGGAACCGAGAUAUAUGUGUUGCUGACACAAGCGCUAAUGCAUUAGUGGUGGUCAAUUCUGAAGGGAAACCGAGAUUCCGGUACACUGGUAAUAAAUCUUGUUCAAAGAGCAAUCCAUUUGAUCUACAUGGUAUCACCACAGAUAGUCAAAGUCACAUUCUUGCAGCUGACUGUGAAAAUAAUUGUAUCCACAUCAUAGAUCAGGAUGGACAAUUCCUUUGUUUCAUAGAGUGUGAACUUUUUCAUCCUUGGGGAUUAUGUAUAGAUACAUAUGACAAUCUGUUUGUCACUGAAUGUUACGAGAGACAAGUAAAGAAAAUCAAAUAUCAACAGUGA